UCAUUCGUAGUUUGCCAACUUUCGUUUUUCUUGCAUAAGAAAUAAGCUCGCAUUCAAAGUUCAUUAGAUAUCUUGAAGUCGAAGAGUUUGUUUGUAAAUCAUGCAGUGUCCGUUCCUUAACCGAUUUAGUGCGAAUUAUUUGCGGAGUUAUGCAGAGGUUUUGUACCAAUCCUAUGGUACAUUCUGUCCAGUUGUUGGCAAAACCAUUAACAAUGCUGCUGAGAAAAAACUUUCUCUCACAACCUCUGUACAAUUUUCGACUAUGGCCACAAGGUCAUACUCUACAAAAAGCUAUUCGGUUGACACCAAUUCUUCGAUGUAUGAUGUAAGGGGUGACCAUGGCAACGCAAUUGCCGCAGCUGACCCAAACUCAACUUUUCAUUACGAGAAAUUUUUCAAUGCUCAAAUACUGAAAAAGAAACGCGAUCACUCGUAUCGCGUUUUUAAACGCGUUAAUCGUUUGGCUGGCGAUGGCUUGUUCCCCCAUGCUCUCGAAUACUCUGCCCAGACGGAGCGACCAAUCACCGUGUGGUGCUCCAACGAUUACCUGGGCAUGUCGGCGCAUCCGAAUGUGAAGCGUAAAGUCAAGGAGGCCUUGGAAAUGCAUGGAUCGGGGGCAGGUGGAACUCGUAAUAUAUCUGGUAAUUCGUUGCAUCACGAGCGACUUGAAAGAAAGCUAGCGGAGCUACACGAGAAGGAAGGUGCACUCCUGUUUACCUCGUGCUUUGUCGCAAAUGAUUCGACAUUGUUUACCCUGGCGAAAUUACUGCCCAACUGUCAUAUUUUUUCGGACGCUGGCAAUCAUGCAUCAAUGAUUCAAGGCAUUCGAAACAGUGGCGUUCCCAAGCACAUAUUCCGUCACAACGACGUCAAUCACUUGCGACAACUUCUCCAGCAGGUAGACAAAGCGACACCAAAGAUUGUUGCAUUUGAGACCGUGCAUUCCAUGACGGGUGCCAUAUGUCCUCUGGAGGAACUGCUCGAUGUCGCUCACGAAUUCGGUGCAAUCACAUUCAUUGAUGAAGUCCAUGCGGUUGGCCUCUAUGGCGAUCACGGUGCUGGCGUUGGUGAACGGGACGGUGUGCUGGCCAAAAUGGAUAUCAUAUCGGGAACUUUGGGCAAGGCAUUUGGAAACAUCGGCGGCUACAUUGCCGGAUCAUCUACGCUCAUUGAUUUGAUAAGAUCCUACGCUGCGGGCUUCAUUUUUACCACAUCACUGCCACCAACCGUUCUCUGUGGUGCUCUGGAAGCAGUUACCAUAUUGGCCUCGGAGGAGGGACGACAACUACGUAGCUUACAUCAAAGGAAUGUCUCCUACCUGAGAAACUUGCUGCUGAGAGAAGGUUUUCCGGUUGAAGACACACCCAGCCACAUUAUUCCAAUCAAAAUAGGAGACCCGCAGAAAUGCACGCAGAUCUCGAAUGUGCUUAUGGAUCAAUUCGGACACUACUUACAAGCCAUCAACUAUCCAACAGUUGCCCGCGGCCAGGAAAAGCUUCGUUUAGCUCCCACUCCUUUUCAUACAUUUGAAAUGAUGAAUGUGCUCGUAACUGAUUUGAAGAAAGUCUGGGAUAUGCUUGAACUCUCUACCAAUGUCCCACUUACCCCAAAUGGUUGCAUGUUCUGUAACAGCGACAAUUGUUGGCAUAAGGAUAAUUCGCCAGAUCUUGAAUGCGGCAUUCCCAACUGUCCCCGCUUGGAAAUUUCCGUUGCUGCUUAAAUUGACUUGAAUCCCUUUAUACACACAAACAAAUAUACUUAUCUAUAUUGCUGAAAUGGUGUAAUGUGCAUUAUGACAAUUAAAUUAAUAUCGGUAUUGGUAAUCCUAUACUAGUUGAAUGUUAACAAAAUAAAUUACAAUUGUGCAAAUUA